AUGUGGGGGCUCACAUCCUGGUGACUUAGUGAAAGGCCUGAAGGGGCCUAAGUCACUGUGCACAUGCGGAGACAGUUCAGGUGGCAGCCUAACGCGACCUGAAGUGACUGCAGUCCAGUGUGGACACAUAGGUAGUGAAGAAAAUGGGAAGUGGCAGUUCCAUAGUACCUGGGUCCUCAUUUUUCUUGUUGCUUCUGCUGCUGCUGCUUCCAUUGCUGAGUAUGGGGAGCUUCCAGUACAGACUCCCAGGCUGGUUAGACUUUCAUCACCUUACUAAGGCCUGGAGAAACCUCCACCGCCACUUCAACCCAAAUAAGGGAAGAUCCUACCACCACCGCCGCAUGCAGGGAGACUGGUCCCAACAGAGCCGAUCAGAUGAUAGUAAUUCCUGCCAGAGUGAAUUUGAUAUCUACUUUGUCUUGGACAUGUCUGGCAGUGUGGACAACAACUGGGUGGAAAUUUACAACCUUGUGGAGGAACUGGUCAAGAGGUUCAAGAACCCAAAAGUUCGCUUAUCCUUCAUCCUCUACUCCACAUAUGGUCAAACUGUCAUGGAGCUGACUUCAGACAAAACAAAAAUAGCAGAAGGUCUAGAAAAACUAAAGCACGUCGCUCCUAUAGGAGCCACACAUAUGCAAGAAGGAUUAAAAAAGGCAAAUGAGCAAAUAUUUGAAGCAACUGAGGGAGGAAAGAAGCCAGUUCAGUCCAUGAUCCUAGCUCUAACAGAUGGAACACUUGAUCCUGGUCCAUUUAAAGAGACUAAGGAAGAAGCUGCAAAGGCUCGGCAAAUGGGGGCAACUAUUUAUGGUUUAGGUAUCAAAGACUAUUGGAAAGAACAGCUAGAAGCAAUUGCAGACAGCAAGAAACAUGUGUUUGGAGUGAACACAUUUCAAGAUCUGAAAAGCAUCGUUGAACCACUUACAAAAAAAUCCUGUAUUUCAAUAUCACGUGUGGAAGCUUCCAGUUACUGUGUAGGAGAUGAUUAUGAAGUGCUGAUUAUAGGAAGAGGUUUUAAAAAUAUAGCAACAAAGGACAACGUUGUUUGUAAAUUCUCCUACACUAGAACUGAAUUCUUCGAAAAACAUUCAACCUUCAUGAAUGAAAGUGCCAUAAAAUGUCCAGGAGUAAGGAUAGAGAAGCUACACAGGAAACUCUAUGUGGAAGUAAGCCUGGACAAUGGCGCCACCUAUCUUGAGGACUAUGGCAUUAUCACUAGCAAACGAUGUCAAACUCCUGUUAAAGUCUCAACAACUCCUCGCUUGCCAGUUGCUGUGCCAACAACCACAACAACCACAACAUCCACAACAACCACAACAACCACAACAUCCACAACAACCACAGCAACCACAACUGUCACUGUACCAACUACCACAACUGUCACUGUACCAACUACCACGUCAACUAAGGUGCCAGAAGUACCUCCUGCACGGACACCAGCACCACACAAGAUCCAAAUCAAACCUUUAUACUUGGCUAUAGCUGGAGCAGGCUUCUUAGUCAUUUUAUUUCCCAUUGGCUGCUGUUGCAUAAGGACCGUCAAGGAGACAGUGCCGAUACUGGUGCCGUAUGUACAGAGUCCCUUAGUGGUUGUCCCUUGUUGCGAGUGCCAAGAUGACAUGAUGAAAGAGAUGGAGGAGAAACUGGAUACCUUAUGUCACAUUGCUCAAAAGUGUAACCAGAUGCCACUGAUGACAUAUCAACCCAGGAAUAAGGAUGUUUCCUGUGGGCUAAGUGGACUUUGCUCCCUGCCCUUGACUAUGGCUUUUGGGUAUCAUGUGCCUAAGAGAUCUGCCCAGGGAAGGUGCUACUUCAACCUGUCCAAGGCUAGCUGUGCACAGCUGCCCUGCUGCCAAAAUUUCUGCCUUAAACCCAGCCAGGAAUACUGUACCCCCAGAAGCUGCUGCUCCUGGUGUCAACACCCCCCACCCAUAUCUUCCAGGCCUUCUAGAAUGCUGCCCUUCAUCUCCCCCCCUGCCCGAAUACUCUGUGGAACCCCUUUGUCACUCCCACCCCCAUAGUUCAACUUCUAAGCACUAGAAGCUAA